GGUCGUCGUCGUUAAAUCAAUAUGGCCGCCCAUAUGCAAGAGCUGAUGAGAACAGAAGUGGAUCUGUGAAAAAAAGUGUGCUAGACUGUUAUUCUGACCUUUCAUGAUGGAUGAACCAAUGGAGGCCGAGGCGGAUUCAACACAGCCAGAUUUGAAUCCGGAGGAAAAAGAUGACCAAUCGAACAAAACCCCACUUUUACGCCCUGGAAACAUGGUGAUGAUGACCAUUACCACUGAAGAUUAUGAAUCACUUUACUGGCCAAAACUGGAGGGGGCCAUCAACCAGCUACUGACCAUGUCUCCUGGCCAGUAUAUGGCCAUUUCCUAUGAACAAAUGUACAGCUGUGUAUAUAAGUGUGUAUGUAAGCAGUUUUCAGACCGUCUCUACACAGACCUGAUGAAUCACAUGAUACAGCACCUUAAAAAUCUCAACCAGCAACUUCAGUCUAGUAUGCAUGUGGAAAACUCCAAGUCUUUCUUAGAGAAGUUUUCCUUUCUUGUGAAUCAAUAUAUCUUAGCUCUUGGAGGUAUUGUACCAAUCUUUAAUUAUAUGAACCGUUUUUAUGUUGAAACUAAAUUGAAGACAGAUCUUAAUGAAGAACUCAAGAAGCUUUUUAAACUACAUAUAUUAGAUCAUCAUAUUAGUGUUUUAUUAACAUUGUUAGAAGAAGCAAAUGCAAAACCAUUCACAAUUUCACCGCCUGUGAUGGCCAACACCAUCAAAAAUAUUCACUCCAUAAAUCCAGAAUAUGCCAAGAUGAAACCUGAGUUGUUUGCAAAAUUCAUUCCAAGUAUACUUCCCCAGACUUCCGUCACAGACCUUGAUCGCUACAUUGAGGAGGCGCAACAAAUACAGAGAGAUCUAAAGGUCCUUCCUGACUUCGACAGCUGUCCAACACGGAAGAAGCGUACGAAUGAAGAUGAUGGUAGAUUUACUAAAUAGUGUGGAGUGAGAAUGAAAAGCACAUGUGAUAUGACUGAGAGAGGUGGUAACUGCUUGGUGCAACAGGGAAAUGGCUGACAGUUUGCUGAAGAGAAAAUGAAUCGAGAGACAGUGAGGAUAAAUCUGGCCAGUCCUGGUGGUUGUGAGUGUGUCAACAUCACAGACUUUGAUGGGUGUGACAGAUAGCACAGUAUGGACACAGCUGUAGGUUGAUAUCACCAACCAUUAUACAGUGAAACUCUGUCUCAACAUGUUUAAUUCUGCUGGAAAUUUCUAUGGAUACAGUGACGAUUUGGAGAAAAGUACAAUAUUUCAGAAGUUUGAAUAAUUUUUCUUUAAUAGUCUACAGGACGCCAUGAGAAUAUUUUCAUAAUUUUUUUUUUCUGUGGUGUGAUCUUAAAGCAAAUACUUAUUUCAGAAUUUUAAGAUUUAGUUUAAAAUUCAUUUUCAAUUUUUUUUAAAGGAAUCAUUAUGAAUCUACAGAUUGGAAAAUAUCAUAUUUUCACACAAAAUCACUGCUUUCUUAUUUAUGGCAUUUAUGUACAGCCAUGCUAUAUUUUCAAAAGUCUAGAAAAGACCGAUAUGAU